AUGGCCACAGUGGAUCCAUGUCUCUGCCGCACACUCAGUCAACAUUUGGUUCAGAAGGCUCGGCCCUCGGGGUUCAGAAGGCUCGGCCCUCGGGGUUCAGAAGGCUCGGCCCUCGGGGUUCAGAAGGCUCGGCCCUCGGGGUUCAGAAGGCUCGGUCCGCAGGGUUCAGAAGGCUCGGUCCUCAGCGUUCAGAAGGCUCGGUCCUCAGGGUUCAGACUCGGUCCUCAGGGUUCAGAAGGCUCGGCCCUCGGGGUUCAGAAGGCUCGGUCCGCAGGGUUCAGAAGGCUCGGUCCUCAGGGUUCAGAAGGCUCGGUCCUCAGGGUUCAGAUGGCUCGGCCCUCGGGGUUCAGAAGGCUCGGUCCUCAGGGUUCAAAAGUCUCGGUCCUCAGGAUUCAGACUCGGUCCUCAGGGUUCAGACUCGGUCCUCAGGAUUCAGACUCGGUCCUCAGGGUUCAGAAGGCUCGGUCCUCAGGGUUCAGAAGGCUCGGUCCUCAGGGUUCAGAAGGCUCGGUCCUCAGGGUUCAGAAGGCUCGGUCCUCAGGGUUCAGAAGGCUCGGUCCUCAGGGUUCAGAAGACUCAGUCCUCAGGGUUCAGAAGGCUCGGUCCUCAGGGUUCAGAAGGCUCGGUCCUCAGGGUUCAGACUCGGUCCUCAGGGUUCAGAAGGCUCGGCCCUCAGGGUUCAGAAGGCUCGGCCCUCAGGGUUCAGAAGGCUCGGUCCUCAGGGUUCAGAAGGCUCGGUCCUCAGGGUUCAGACUCGGUCCUCAGGGUUCAGAAGGCUCGGUCCUCAGGGUUCAGAAGGCUCGGUCCUCAGGGUUCAGAAGGCUCUGUCCUCAGGGUUCAGAAGGCUCGGUCCUCAGGGUUCAGAAGGCUCGGUCCUCAGGGUUCAGAAGGCUCGGUCCUCAGGGUUCAGAAGGCUCGGUCCUCAGGGUUCAGAAGGCUCAGUCCUCAGAGUUCGGAGCGACAAAGGAGAUUGGAUCCGCACUGACCCGGAUGUGUAUGAGGCACCGCAGCAUCGAGUCCAAACUCAAACUGUUUACAACGGCCCUGUCUGAAGGCCUGAUCUCUCCAUUGGAGCAGAAGAUGGAAGAGUGGAAGAAAGUGGCCAGUCAGCUGGACAAGGACCACGCCAAAGAGUAUAAAAAGGCAAGAGCGGACAUCAAGAAGAAGUCGUCUGACACCAUCAAACUGCAGAAGAAAGUGAAAAAAGGUAAAGGCGAGGCGAGAGGGCAGCUGGACAGUGCCCUUCAGGACGUGAAUGUCCGGUACGCCGUCCUGGAGGAGACGGAGAAGAGGGCCGUGUGCAAAGCUCUGAUCGAAGAGCGCUCCCGAUACUGCAGCUUUGUCACGAUGCUCAAGCCAGUGUUGGACCAUGAGAUCAACAUGUUGGGGGAAGUGACCCAUCUGCAGACCAUCCUGGAAGACCUCGGUAGCCUGACCGCGGAGCCACACAAGCUGCCCCCGGCCAGCGAACAGGUGAUCUUGGACCUGAAAGGCUCAGACUUCACCUACACAUAUCAGACGCCUCCAGCUUCUCCCAGUUCUUUGUCCCGGAAGAGCAGCUUCAGCAGUAAUUACCAGUGUGGUUCGGUGAGGCACGUCCCGUCUCUGGACUCCAUCAGCUGCGCAGUGGACGGCGUGCACCUCCAGGACUCGAUGGGUUCAACCAAUCAGCUGUGUCCUGGUGGAGGAGGGGGCGUGGCCACAGAGAACGGCCUCCUGGCUCCUCCCCUCAACACGUACAGCCAUCCGGGAGAGCGCGCCCGAGCCAUGUCUGCCUCCGGGAAGUCGUCGUGUUCGGCCCGUGAGCAGCUAGCAUUGACGUUGGGAGCGCUCCAUUCGGACACCUCCAGGAGCAGCCGGGACUCCCUGCACUGCUCCAGCGGGUACAGCACCCAGACCACCACCCCGUCCUGCUCCGAGGACACCAUCCACUCACACGUUAUGAAGAAACCUCCUCUUAUUUAUGUGGAUUACGAGUCCAUCUCUCUGCACGGCGACAUGGAUUCCCUGCACCACCUCCACCACGGCUUCAGCCAGAGCGACUUCGACAAGUCCUCCACCAUCCCCCGCAACUCCGACCUCGGCGUCCAGUUCCGCAAGUUUGCUCAGUCCAAGCGCCCCGCCUCCACCGUCAGCCUCCUCGCCGACGGAGAGUGCAUCGGAGGAUCGCACACCGCCACCAUCCGCCGCAAACCCUCGUCCAAACCGUCCUACCGCAGAGGCACCAUCAGCGGGGGAGUGCCCAUUCCCAUCUCCACCCCGCAGGUUCCACUGAAGGCGCAAUUCAGCGAUGAGAACUUACCCGGCGGAGUCUUGCCGCAUAACAACCAGCUGUGUACUUCCACCCAGAGCCUGAGCGCCAUACCCCCGAGCGUGUCGCCGUACUACCAGCUUGUCCCGGGGCAAAUGCCGAUCCCGGUGCCCGUCCCAACCAUACCAGAGAACCACCAAGCGAAACAACAGCAGUUCUCAAAGCAGCUGCAGCAAAACGCCCAAAAUCAGGUGUACGCACAACCAAAAUGUCCGCCGCAAGUCCAGAAGAAGCCGCCGCUGCCGCAACACCUCCAGCAGCUUCAGAACCAGGCGCAGUUUCAGCACGUUCACCGGCAAGAGAACACCAAAGUCUACCCCAACCAUAUCCCCAGCCACCCGCAGAUGCCCGCCCCGCAGCCCCCGCAGCCCGAGGGUCACCCGGGUCUGACGCAGCAGCAACGGCAACAGCUUUACCACGUCCAGAACCACCACCAGGCCCCGUCCACGGCGUCCACGCUACCCCAGGGAGAGGGCUCCGGCCCGGGAUACAGCGGCCGCAGCGAGACCCAAGAACUACCACCACCACAGUCGCCCAAUCAACCCCAAGACGAGGAGGCAGAGGAGGAGCCCAGAGCUGGAGCGAUGGCCUCCAUGAUCCGUCAAGUCAAGCUGAGGCGGACUAUAACAAACGACCGGUCCGCCCCCAUGUUGCCACCGCCGCCACCGGCCAAUCAGCAGUGA